UGACUCCAGCGGACUUAAUAUGCGUCACUCUUCGCCGAUGCCGAGCGAUGUUCAGAAUACUAUAUAAUAAUUGGAGUCUCUGGUUUCUCGGGUGCUUCGGAGUCUUGACAGACCAUUCGAUCACUUCGAUCACUUUUUAUCACUGCUUCUCGGACUCUAGCACGCUACCCUUUGACAAACAACUCCAUCAUGAAAUUCGUGUCCCUCGCUUGCUUUUCGCUACUCGCCUCCGGCGUUUUAGGUUCGAGGAAUGACAAAGCUUCAACUCCUCAAUGCAAGACUGUUCCGGGGGACGCCAAAUGGCCAUCAGAAUCGACCUGGGAAUCUCUGAAUGACCAAGUCGGAGGACGAUUGAUCAAGACCUCGCCGAUCGCCGAAACAUGUUACCCGGGAUCUGGACAAGAUCUUGCAGACUGCGACUACAUCUCGAGAGAAUGGCCGGUUGAAGACUUUCAAACAUCACAAGCGAUCGGUAGAGUGUUACCAUACAACGUGACCUGCCCACCUGUCGACUACAAUGCGGGAGAGAGACCUACGGCGUCAUGCAUUCUGGGUAUCAAUCCAGUCUAUGCGGUGAACGCGACUUGUCAAGCCGAUAUCAAAGCCACCCUGGAAUUUGCUCAGAAACAUAACGUUCGCCUCGUCACAACCGGCACUGGGCAUGAUCUUCUGGGACGAUCGGACGGAUAUGGCUCUCUUCAAGUCUGGCUUCGAUAUUAUCGCAACAAGAUCACCUACCAGGAGAAAUACGCUGCAUCAAAUGGAUGCAACUCAUCCACAUGGGAAGGUGGUGCCAUGCACGUUGACGGCGUCUAUCAAUGGCGAGACGUAGCCAAGGUCGCCCGCAAGAACAACGUCUGGGUCGCCACCGGCGGAACGCCGUCGGUUGGAGCCAUCGGCGGAUGGUCGCAAGGCGGAGGACACGGUCCAGCGACUAACGCCGUCGGAUGGGGAGUGGACCAAAUUCUCGAGGCCGAAGUCCUUCUCGCGGACGGACGGAUCGUCACCGCGAACGCGUGUGAGAACUCGGAUCUGUAUCGAUCUCUCCGAGGCGGUGGUCCCGGCUACGGCAUUGUUCUUUCCAUGUUCGUCAAGGCACAUGCGAACGUCAAUAACAUCACUGCUCACCGUUUGACCAUUGUCCCUGGAGCUCUUGACACCAACAAGUCGGAAACGAUCGACGCCAUUACAGAUUUGGUGCAACAAGUGCCGGGCCUUGUGGAUGGUGGUCUCGGCGGGUAUGCCUCGUGGUGGAAAGAUUUCCCUACGGCUGUUAUAGGCAACUCGACUUCAGGAUAUUCACACGGUAUCUAUGCCAUCGGCCAGAACGAGACAGCCACUCGUGCCACCAUCGAAUCUGUGGUCGAAUCACUCCGUCAAAAGCAUAACUCGUCGCUCCAGAUUAAUUCGACUUACGUAACCUAUUCCGACUAUUGGACUUUUUACUACGGCGAGAUGGGUCUAGAUGCUCCCGAGAGCAACACCACUAUUAUGACUUCACGGGCUAUCAACAGAGACCACGUCUCCAACACCACAGCAGUACGAGACUUGGUCGACACCCUGACCGACGCCCCAGGCCAGUACAACAGCCAAGUCCUCAUUUUCGUCGGCGGACGCCAAGUGGCUCAACAAGGAACCGAUCCUUUCGCCGGCUACCAUCCAGCCUGGCGAAAAGCUUCCUUUGGUUGGGUCAAUGUCCGCGUCGUUCCGCUCAGCGCUACCCAGGCCGAAAGACACGCCACCGAUGAGGACAUGCUCUCAAGAACGGCUCUCAUGGAGAGAUUUGCGCCCGGGACAGGAGCGUACAUGAACGAGGCUGAUCGUCAAGACCCGAAUUACAUCCAGAACUUCUAUGGCGACAAUUACGUAAGCCACCUGGCGACCAAGAAUAAGUACGAUCCGAACAACGUGUUUUACUGUGCCACUUGUGUCGGCAGUGAGAAUUUCAUUGAGAAACCGGACGGACCGCUGUGCAUGAUAUGAGAGGAUUUAUCUUGAUGUUGAUCUGGCCGACGGGGCGUUUUGGGUUUCUUACGCUUUUGCCCCCUGACUCAUAAACGGGAGUUUUAGCAACUUGGGUUUAUCAGUCUUUCCAAUUAGAUUUUUAAGUACUUGCAAUUUUUGAAGCAC